AUGGCUUCACGCAAGCGCCCUCGUGACGUGGAAGAAUAUGACAAGUACCAGGGCCUUGUUAUCUAUAUUGGGAACGUCCACUACGAUGCCACUCCAGCCGACUUUGAACACUUUCUUCAGGACCACGGUAUAUCGUGCACGCUUUACUGGCCUGAAGCCGGAGAAAGGUCUCAUGGUGGCUGGUGUUGGGCGCGCUUUCAUCAUCAUGACCAUGCUAGCCAUGCGAUCAACAAUCUCAACGGCGCCAUUUUCUGCGGAAGAAGGCUAAGAACAGGGCAUGUAGCCACCAACUCCAAACGCGCUCGCUUUCAAGACGGUCCUUUGUCCUUUCAGGACCGCCCUGAAAUUUACGAUAAUCCGUUCCAACGAAAGAACCCAUUUCCAUUCCCCAACGAUUUCCAGGCCUUUAAUCCUCACACCUUUUUCCAGGAUUACAGCCAGCUGAGAUACCCAGGUCACUCAGCACAUCACUACCACCGGCCGGCCGAGCAUCCUGGCUUUUACCCCUCGGCGAAGAACGGACGACCAGCGGCCCCCUUUAGGCAGAGUGCUAGCUACGCAGUGCAGUACCCAGACUCCUACCCGCCAAGAAAGACGGAGCAUCUGGAUCACCGUCACAUCCCCAAAUUGCAGGAUGUCUGGAUCGCAGACAAACCCUACCUUAGCACGGCAAACAUCUUCGCCAAAGGGAUCAAGAUCUCGGGACUGGCAAUCACGGUCAACCAAGGACAGACCCCUCCAGAUGGGGCACUGUAUUGGCAACCGGGUCGCGUCCUCGGACCAGACCCUCAAGAGAGGGCCAGCAUCUCUCAUUCCGAAAGUUUCGUCGGGCAGUCCGACAUGAGUGCCAGUAUCCUUUCGGCGACAUGCCGAAGUCAUAUUGUUUCGUACAAGCGUCCUCCAGGAGUUGGACUUGGUUGGGGCGACUUUGAUCGCUUCUAUGAAUGGCAGUUACAUGGCCGUAAGGUCCAAAAAUCGAUGGUACGAGCUCAGAGGUUUCAGCAAUCCAACUAUCCCCAUGUGACCUUCAUUUCCGAGUUGACUGGCUGCCUUCAUAUUGUACGAACAGACUCGACCAAGAUUGAAUCUCGAAGAAAUCUCAAGAAACCCAGCCUGUGGCAGAAGCUCAGAAAUGGCAAGAACUAA